AACCCCCCCGGAGAGGGAGCCCGCAGCCACUCCUUCCUCAUCGGUUUCCUCCGCCGCGAGAUCGCCCGUUUUCUCUCGAUACUUCCGACGACCGGAGCGGAAGACGAAUACAAAUCCCGUCGAAUUCGCCUGUUCGUCGUUCCAUCUUCUGCCUCCCUCUAUCUGUGUGGUGGUCACCCAAUUCGUUUGUGUUAAUCUCGAUUCAAUCGCCCGCGCGCCAUGGGAUUGGGGAGCGACGCGAGCUCGUCGUCGUCGCGGCUGGACUCGGCGCCGCUGCUGCCGCACCACAGCGCCGAGGGGGGGCACCUGUCGUCGCAGCCCAAGACCUUCGCGAACGUGUUCAUCGCUGUGGUCGGCGCCGGCGUGCUGGGCCUGCCCUACACGUUCUCGCGCACCGGCUGGGCCGCGGGCUCCAUCCUGCUCCUCUCCGUCGCGCUGCUCACCUUCUACUGCAUGAUGCUGCUCGUCGCCUGCCGCCGCCGCCUCGCCGACGACCACCCGAAGAUGCUCUCCUCGUUUGGGGAUCUGGGGGACGCCGUGUUCGGCGCGCCCGGCCGCCUCGCCGUGGACACCAUGCUGGUGCUCAGCCAGGCCAGCUUCUGCGUCGGGUACCUCAUCUUCAUCUCCAACACCAUGGCGCACCUCUACCCCGUCUUCGCCCCCUCCUCGAACGUCUUCCUCUCCCCUAAGGCGCUCUUCAUCUACGCCAUGCUGCCGUUCCAGCUCGGGCUCAACUCCAUCAAGACGCUCACGCUCCUCGCGCCGCUCAGCAUCUUCGCCGACGUCGUCGACCUCGGCGCCAUGGGGGUCGUUGUUGGCCAGGACGUGUCGACUUGGCUCGCCGCGCACCCACCCGUCGCCGCGUUCGGCGCCCCCGCCGCGCUCCUCUACGGUGCGGGCGUGUCCGUGUACGCCUUCGAGGGCGUCUGUAUGGUCCUGCCGCUGGAGGCGGAGGCCGCGGACAAGAAGAAGUUCGGCGCCACGCUCGGGCUGUCCAUGGCGUUCAUAGCUGUCAUGUACGGGCUGUUCGGCGUCAUGGGGUACGUCGCGUUCGGCGACGCCACGCGCGACAUCAUCACCACCAACCUCGGCAGCGGGUGGCUGUCGGCCGCCGUGCAGCUGGGGCUGUGCAUCAACCUCUUCUUCACCAUGCCGGUGAUGAUGAACCCGGUGUACGAGGUCGCCGAGCGCCUGUUCCACGGAAAGCGCUACUGCUGGUGGAUGCGGUGGGUGCUCGUGGUCACCGUGGGGCUCGCGGCCAUGCUUGUGCCCAAUUUCACCGACUUCCUCUCCCUCGUGGGGAGCAGCGUCUGCGUGCUGCUCGGGUUCGUGCUGCCGGCCACCUUCCACAUCAAGGUGUUUGGCGCCGAGAUGGGCUGGGUUGGGGUUCUCAGCGACGUCCUCCUGGUGGUGCUCGGCCUCGUGCUCGCCGUCUUCGGCACCUACUCGUCGCUGGUGCAAAUCUUCCACUCUUCCAGCGCUUAAAUUCCGGUAUUCGCCGAGGAUUAAUUUGCUCGGUGCAUUGGCUCUCUCAUCCACGCUGGUUAAGCUCUCGCGUAGUAGUUUUCCACGCUACCAGAAGGGGAUCAGCGGAUCAGAGAGGAAUUGCUUGGCUCAGCUAUUUGUUGAUCUGGGAAAUGGAUUCGCGUGCAUUCGUUGGGAAUUCUUGUUCAGAUUGUUAGUAUGAGAUACUACUAGUUGAUUGGAGGCAUGGAGAAAUCUGUAUGGUUUUGCUACGACAGAUUCCGAUCAUGUCUGCCCAUAGCAUUCUUCUACUCUGUUCAUGUCCUAGAUGUUCCAGCUGCAGUGCAUAUGGAAUGGAUGAAAGGACACGAAUUUCAGCAUUAUAGUUACUCGUGCGUCGUAGUGUCAGCGUGCAAGAUUGUGUCUUGUGUGUGGUUAAUUGGGCUAGGCAAGCAAUUGGGACGACUUACAUUGCUUGUCAAAGCACCAUUACGUGAUACUCCUAGCAUAAACAUUGUAUACGUUUCGAACUGUUGUACUAUGUCCCAAGCAAGCAACGCAAGCUUGUAAAGGGUCCUGAAGGAAUAAAAUUGGAACAAUGAAUUGCUUUUA